AUGAGGGAAAGAAGCCAUCCUUAUUCGUUACUCAGAAAGAAAUUCGUAAAAACAAUGAGUAAGGAGAAGCCAAAAAUAGAUGUAUGGACGGCUGAGGAUAGGCAAAAGAAUAGAUUGCCUACUAGGGGAGUAAACAUCGAUGUGAAGGAUGUAGUAGAGGAAAGGCCGGUAAAUUCCAGCAAUCCGCCGAUCAUUGGAGAAAAGGUUUUGAUAAAACCAUACAAGGGAUUUUCGAUGGAUGAAUUCCUUUCAUCUGUCCUUGAAAAAGAAAGGGGGCUAAGAUUCAACUUUAGCCUCAUCAAUUCUGUGAUACUCCAGUUUCUGGACCAUGGAAGCAUCAGGUCUAUCUUAUCUAUAGAAUCCAUAUUUAGAGCAGCCAAGGAAUUACCUCUUGUCCUUAUUUCUGGAUAUAUUUAUCUUGAAAAAUAUGUGAAGAAAGCCGGGAUCGUGUUUUAUGAUUGCAAGAAGCUAAUUAAGUUUUUUUUUGGUUGUUGCCUCAUAGGAUCAAAGUUCAUUUACGAUACUCGACAUCCCGAUGAUCUGUUCUUUGUGGGAAUAAGCCCUGCUGAAAUCUUUCGUAUAGAGGGAUCAAUUCUAUCUGCCAUAGACUAUGAUCUUGAAAUAUCUAAUGAUGACAUUAGGAAGGUUAUUCUUCAGAAUAAGGCCUCACUGAGUAAUAAGGAACAUCUUAAUGCUCAGUUCAACAGAGCUAUUAGAACCCAUUAA